AUGGAUAUUUCUCUUGAAAACAUCGUAACGAUACCUAUUAAAAUAUCGCGUAUAUUAUUUUUGGUUUGGCUUUUUGCAAUGCUUACUCGAUUUCUAAGGUAUUCCAAGCCUCUAGAUACGGAUGGAAGUGAACAUUGCCUUCGACUUCCUGCAGGCACAUCGAAUUCCGAUCAGCUUGAAUGUGCAUACUGCAUUGUUGGUAAUAGAGAUCGAACUUUGUAUGCUGCUGUUACUUCAUCAGUUAUUUAUAUUUUUUUAUCAAAUGUUAGCUUUCUUCUCUUGCCACAAUUAGUAUUAUGUUCAUUUAAAAGAUCGGUUGCUGAUGUUGAGCAGAGAGGAGAAUAUCGUUUGCUUUAUUGGCGACAUGAUUCUUGUGCUGUUUGCGUUACGACAUCCAAAAAUUAUUUGUUGAUAUAUCGGGUUAAUAUACUUUUUGAUAAACAAUGCUACAAUUUGAUUGAAACUCGUAAUGAAAAUCUGAGGCGAAAUUCGCAAGAAUUAUUCAUCAAGGAAAAACGUCCUCGUGUAGUACUUCUUCGUGAUGAAAUAUUUGUUUGCCUUGCCAAUGGAUGGAUGCAUCGAUUGCUUUGGGAUGGAUCAGUGGAGGAAGAUCUGUCUUUCAGUUUACCGGAAAUUCCAUUCGCAGUCGAUCAAUUACAGUCGAAGCCUGAACAUGUUCAUGAUCGAUCAGUUCAUGUUAUCGAUAUUGUUUAUACUCCUUUAAUAGGUGGCUUUUGCAUUGUUCUUUCAAAUGGUAAGGCAGCUUUAUUGACUUCACCAUCACCCAGGUUUCAUCCUAAGCAACUGCUUGGUGUAUGGGCUUCGCAGGUGAAUGAUGCAAUAUGUUGUUCUACUAAUCAUAAGUUUCGACUAGUCUUAAUUGGUUGUAAAAGUGGUGAUGUUAAUGCAUUUCAUCUCGAUGAUACAAAUGGUUCUCUUGUCUGCACCUUUUGUAUAAAUCUUCAUAUUAGGGAUGGACCAGAAUUACUAAAUGGAGUAGGUGCAGUAAAUCAUAUAGAAUGUUUUUUCCAAGGAUCAGCUUUUGCUGUGGUUUGGUCAACGAAUUCUACUGACAGUGUAAAGAAUGGUAUAAUUCCUCCUGCUGCUGCUAUAUUUAGUACUUUUGGUGCUCAGCUUUGGUGUUCGCUAGAAUCCAGUUCAGAUCAGGAAUUGAAGUCCCUACGUAAUUAUCAUUGGGUUGAUUGGGGACCUGAAGGUUUCAGUCUCUGGUUUGCUGGUAAUUCUGGAUUUUCUGUAUUGCCCAUUACGCGUUCAAUUUGUACAAGCAGUCCUUAUUCGGUGAAUUCUGAAAAAAUCGUUCUAUUUUCACCGAAUAAAAUUUAUGUGAGUCCCGCGAGAAAUAAAGAGCAGUCUGCAAGUGCACCUCAUAGUGUCUGGCGAAUUUUUUAUCUACCUGAUGAUUAUAUAUCUGUAAAUUGGCCUUUACGCAUGGUAGCGAUCGAUAAUGAAGAUGGUCGCUAUAUCGCAGCUGCCGGAAGCCGUGGUUUCGCUCACUGUAAUACCUCUACAGGAAAGUGGCGAAUAUUUGGUAAUGAAUGCCAGGAAAGAGAUCUGAUAACAACGGGUGGAUUAGCUAUUUGGAACGGUUUCAUUAUGGUUGCUUGCUAUGACAGUGAUCGAGCGAAGGAAGAAUUACGUUUUUAUCCGGUUGAUCAACAAUUGGACAAUCAUUUUUGCACGAAACAUCCUACGGAUUCACGUAUACUUACAUUUAGUAUAAGAGGAAAUAAAUUAAUAACGCUUGAUAUGGAUAGUCGAAUUUUUAUAUAUGGAUUGUCUAUGAAAAUGAAUUCUAAAAGUGGUAAACAAUGUAUCAUGGUUGAAAGAUGUGCGGAGAUUCGCAUAUCGGAUUUGCUGCCUCAUCCAGCUUGCAUUGUAUCUAUUCAUCUGGCAUCGCUUAGCCAAGAUACAGCUAUCGCACAAUUUUGUGAUACAGUUGAUACAGUUCUCGUAAAUGUUUGCGGAAGACUUAUUAUGUUAAAUCCAGUAAAGAAAGAUGCUGACACUGCUUCGAGUGAAGAAGAUGAUCAAUUUCAGUUGAGUCAACCGAUGUUGAUUGCUUCUUAUGUGGAAAAAUUAUGGCAUUUUCAUCAAGAAGCUGUACCCAAAAAACCACAUUUAACGCAAGCGCUUUGGCUUAAUUGUGGUGCGAAGGGAUUAAAGGUCUGGAUGCCUUUGUUCAUCAAUGAUGCUAAUCGAGGCAAUAUUGGAGCUUUUGAUUCAAGUCGGUCGUUUAUUAGUAAGCGAAUUAUGCUACCCUUCGAAUUAGAUAUUCACCCUUUAGUGAUUUGUGGUCGAGAUUGUUUGGCUGUUGGAUUAGAGAGUAUACCAUCCUUUACCAGUGAACUGCUUCUUCAUAAUGUCUUAGAAGAGGAAGCGACUUCAGCUGAACCUAUUCCAGAUCCUUUGCUUCCCAGAGUGGUUGCCUUCAUACGUGAAUUUCCAAACUUUUUACAAACAGUGGCGCAUUGUGCACGUAAGACGGAACUUGCCUUGUGGCAUGCUCUUUUUGCAGUGACCAGUCAUCCUAAAGAGCUUUUUGAAAUAUGUAUUCGUGAUGAUCAGCUCGAAACUGCGGCUAGCUAUUUAAUUGUUCUGCAGAAUAUGGAAAGCAGUGUUGCUAGUAGAGAGCAUGCUGCUUUAUUGUUAGAAGAAGCACUCGUUAAACGUCAGUGGCUGAUAGCUAGUGAUAUUGUUCGAUUUUUGCGGGCCAUUCAUCCUUCCGACAUCGAUAGUCCACCAAGAACGCCCUUAUGCCAACGACCUCAUCAAAAUGUAAGUGCAGCCACUCGGCGUUCUGCUCUGGUUUCGUCAAAAGUUACUGAUGAAACUGAUCCAUUUGUUUUUGGAAAUUAUGCGGCACCAGCAAAUCGAAAAGACUCGGGAGCUUCAUCUAUUGCAAAAAAAGUAUCCAAAACGACUUCCAUGGAUUCACCUCCAUCGCCUUCAGAUUUAGCUGGAUCAAUGCAUUCAUAUCUUCAAGAAAUUUUGAAUCGUCAUGCUUCUCAUCUUCUUGAAGAUUAUAGUGUGCGUGAUUUGGGUGCUUUUGCAACCUAUUUAAAUUUCGAUUUAAUAAUGUGGCUAUCAAAAAAUCAAUCUUCGGCAAAAGUAAAUGAUUUCGGUCUUGCACUGAUGCGUUUACAUGCGCAGUUUAAUUGGCCAUAUCCUCUUGUGAGUCAAAAUGUUGUCGAUCAGCUGGCAAAAAGAAUUGAAAAAAUCAAGAUCUCUCAAAGUUGCACUUCAUUGCUAAAAGCUGCAGACUCUGUUUUAAUUCCGAGUUAUAAAUGGAUAAAUACAUCAUCUUGUGAAACAAUAUCCAACACUGGAAGUGACUGGGAAGGCUUGGAAAAAAUCUGUGGUGAAGUAGCUGCUAGAGGAUCUCAGGAGAGUGAGAUAGAGCUUAAAUUCAUGUUAGAUAUCAUGUAUGAAACUCAUUGUAGUGAUUGGACAUUUUUGUUAUGUUUGCUUCGUCGAGACUUCGUAUUUUUCAACCGAUAUUUCAACAUGGAAUUUCUUAAUAAAUGUGGCAGUGAUUCACUUCAAAGGCUGCAUACAGGUGUUGAAGAACUCAAAAAUUGGGCGAAUAAUAGUUGGUAUGCUUCUUCGCCAUUAUUAUUUUGUAAAUUUCCUAUAAAUGCUAUAAAUCCUAUAAUUGCUUUUAGUUUUGGAUAUCGGACAAUUAUUUGUGCAUUUGAUCAGCGAUUGCGAGUCCUGCAAAAAUGUGGUGAAUCUGAAUCGAAUCCACAUCUUAUUCGUUCCAUUUCUAUUUCUUCGGAUGCAAAAACCGUGAAGUUAAUGAAUCAACCUUUUUAA